AUCACCCGCCAAAAGAAAAAAACUCUCUAUCUUGCUGCAUUCUCCUUCCCACAACCACAACAGUUGAUGUUCAUCUUAUAGUUAUCCUACGUCGUUUCCUUUCUGUCCCUCUCACUCGCUGCAUGUUGAUACACCCGACCAAACUCACAAGACUGCCCAUUAGACUUCAUGUAUUUCAAUCCGCUACCAUGCGCUUGUGUAUCUCUCUUUUUUCUUCUCAGAUCCUCAAGGACCCAGAAACUACAACACACAACAUUGUCUAUAACGUUUCAACUCUGCUUAACAAACAGAAUUGGCAACAAAACAACCUUCUUAAAUUACUAGUUUCUCAUAUGACUCCAAACGUUGCUUCCCAAGUUGUACUUCUUCAAGGUAACAACCCUGACCUCGGUUUCCGUUUUUUCAAGUGGGUUUGUAAGCAAUCCACUUAUUGCUAUGAUAUAGGUGGCAGAGUCCAUUUAUUGAAUUUAGUUGUAUCUUCUAACUUAUUUGGGGUUGCGCACAAGGCUAUAGUUGAAUUGAUUAAGGAGUGUAGUGAGAAUGAAGAUGACAUUUUGAAGCUAAUGGAUGCCCUUGAUGGAUUACGCAAGGACGGGUUUAAGCUUAAUUACCCUUGUUAUAGCGGUCUUUUGAUGUCUUUAGCUAAGUUGAAUUUGGGUUUUGUAGCAUAUAUAGUAUAUAGAAGAAUGGUUCUUGAUGGUUUUGUUAUUGGUGCUAUUGAUUAUAGAACCAUAAUUAAUGCUUUAUGCAAGUGUGGGCUUGUGCAAGCUGCUGAAAUGUUCUUGUGUAGGGUUCUGAAACUUGGGUUUAGUUUAGGUACUCAUAUUUGUACUUCUUUUGUGUUGGGCCAUUGCAGAGAAAAUAAUCUCCAGGAGGCCUUCAAGGUGUUUGAGAUAAUGUCCAAAGAGGAUGGUUGUAGACCCAAUUCAGUCACAUUUUCGACGCUGAUACAUGGUUUAUGUGAAGUAGGCAGGCUUGAGGAAGCAUUUUCUUUGAAGGAAGAAAUGUCUGAGAAGGGUUGUCAGCCAAGUACUCGUACGUACACUGUACUUAUUAAAGCGUUGUGUGAUUUUGCGUUAACUGAUAAAGCAUUAGGUUUACUUGAUGAGAUGGUUGUAAAGGGAUGUAAACCAAAUGUUCAUACUUAUACUGUUCUAAUUGAUAGAUUGUGUAGAGAAGGGAAGAUUGAGGAGGCUAACGCGAUGUUUAGAGAGAUGCUACAAUAUGAUCUCUUUCCUGGCAUAGUAACUUACAAUGUAUUGAUUAAUGGGUAUUGCAAACAAGGGCAGAUUGUUGCUGCUUUUGAGCUUCUUGCCCUGAUGGAAAAAAGGAACUGCAAGCCCAAUAUACGUACCUUUAAUGAGCUUAUGGAAGGUUUGUGUAGAAUUAGUAAAUCUUACAAAGCGAUGCACCUGUUGCAUAGGGUAGUUGAUAAUGGCUUAUUUCCUGAUAAAGUAGCCUAUAAUAUUCUGGUGGAUGGAUUCUGCAGAGAAGGACAACUUGAUAUGGCUCUGAAAAUAUUUAACUCAAUGAGCUCAGUCGGCCUUAUUCCAGAUGGUUAUACUUUCACUUCAAUGAUCAAUGGGCUCUGCAAACAAGGAAGGACAGAGCUAGCAACUGGGUUCUUUGGUUUGAUGAUAAAGAAGGGAAUACCUUUUGAUGAAGUGGCAAUCACUGCUCUUAUUGAUGGGCUUUGCAAAAGCGGUAAAACUGGAGAUGCAUUAAUGAUUUUCGAGAGGAUGGUUGAGAUCAUGGUUUUGAAAUCUUCUCAUGUUUUGAACUUGUUUCUUGAUGUUUUCAGCAAAGAAAACAAGUUGAAGGAGGAGUAUGCAAUGUUUGGAAAAAUCCUGAAGUAUGGUGUAGUUCCUUCUGUGGUGACUUAUACAAUUUUAAUUGAUGGGCUUUCCCGAGCUGGUGAGUUUUCCCUUGCCUUGAACAUGAUAAAAAUGAUGAAUUUAGCUGGCUGCCCCCCAAAUGUUUAUACAUACACUGUCAUCAUUAAUGGACUAUGCCAAAGUGGAAGACUUAAUGAGGCACAGAUGCUUACCUUUAAAAUGUUUGAUUUUGGAGUAUCUCCAAACCACAUAACAUAUACUAUUUUAGUGAAAGCACAUGUCAAUGCUGGUAGAUUAGACCACGCCCUUAAUAUUGUGAGUAUCAUGGCUGUUAACGGUUGUCAACUCAAUGAUCGUAUAUUUUCUGCGCUAAUAAAGGGGCUGAUUUCUUCAAACAAGGCUAUUGAAGUACAAAGUGAUGGUUCCAGUAGUCAUGUGGAUGCUAGACCACUACGGUUGGAGUACAAUGAUGAUGUUGAUGAUAAAUGUGUUUCCAACAAUGUUAUAAGGGAAAUGGAUAUUGAACAUGCCCGGAGACUCGGAGAUAAGAUUGCGAGAUGCGGUGGGUCUAUUACUGAUCUGUACAACUUUUUAGCUGCAGAACUAUGUAGAGCAGGGAGAAUUGCUGAAGCAGAUAGUAUAACAAAAGAUAUUGUGCAACUUGGUUCAUUUCCUGACAUCGCAAUUAGUUUUAUCAUAGAGUGGUAUUGCAAGGAGGGUAAGUAUGAUAACUGCCUCAAGUUCAUGACAUCAAUUCUCGAUGGCGGAUUUGUUCCAUCUUUUUCAUCCUAUUGUUCAGUGAUUCAGGGUCUUCAUAAUGAGGGAAGGAGUGAAGAAGCUGAAAGGCUUGUUUCUGACCUCUUAAGAUUCAGUGGCAUCGAGGAGAAAACUGCAGUCUUACCUUAUAUUGAUUUUCUGUUGAAGGGAGAUAAAUCUGACAAAUGCCUUGACCUUCAAAAUCUAAUUGAUCAAAUGCAUUACAGAGGGAGGCCAGUUAUCUAGUACAGAAUCCAUGGCACUGUUGUUGUAACUGGAUUAUCUUUUUUGUUGUAAAUAUAGACAUAAUUUUUUCUGAGCAUUUGCUUGUUCACUUCUAGUUUCACGAGAUUGUUGGAGAAACUAAGAUGAGUUAUCGAUAGAAGAUAAUACUGUUGUUAACGGUAUAAAACGGUUUGUAUU